CUCCCUACUGCAUUUGCUCCCCUGCUAUCAGAAUUCACCCCAGCUAGUUCAAAACCAGCUAGGGCAUGUCUGUGGGAGUUGCAGUCACACCUUCAGAGAGCAGUGAUUGAUGGCUGGACAGGCUGCAUAUAGGUAGAAUGCCAAAGGAAAACAGACUCCGUACAACUGCACAAUGAAUUGGAUUUUUAAACAGAGUCCCCUGAAGCUAUGCACUUGACUGAGCCUGCAAGGCAGAUACUCUGAACUCUGAAACUCCAUUGCUGUACUGCGAGGACAAAAUCCCUGAGCAGCUUUCCAACAAUAGAAUCAAGAAACAUUUUUUUGAAGAAUGUUUCUAGAUGUCUCUUACCCCAUUAUCUCAGACUCUUUCUUAUAUCUACAUGGAAAAAAUGUGUGUUUGUCUGCCUCUCUGUAGAGAGACAUACACAUGGAGCUGGAAACAUUGCCUGUCAUCAUAGAGAUCCUUGCAACAGUAUGGCUGUGUUAACAGUUCAGGCCAGACAAAGUAAGCAAGCAUACUGUCACUAAUGUCACAUCAUAGGUGUAAUGUUGUGGAUGGGUAUGGUGAUGGACUCACUCUGACUGGCAUAAAACAUGUUUUAAGCAUAUGAAUCAGCAAGUGCAUAAUGUGCAAUUCAAAACAAUACAACUUUGAAUUCUUACUCUAUCACAAAACUGGGUGGACAGGGGUUGUGACGGUAUUAGUUUAUAGGGUUUUCCAAAUUCCUGAAAGUUGAAUUCCCUUUGGAGAGAAAUGAAACAAAAAUGCAGUCUCAUGCACAGCAAGCAGCUACUCAUAGCAGGGUACCUACAUCUUCAUCAUCUGACACUCUCUUACACUCUGGUAAAGGCACCAAUGCUCAGAAGUAUGUUUAGUAGCUUGAUUCAUUUCCCGGGCCACAGUUUGUGCCUGGAGGGCAAAGAUCCAGUGCCUCCAUUUAUUGACCGAAGAUGGAGAGGGAGGGCUCAGCAGCGCCUGGAGGCUCUUCAGAAGCUUGCUGCAGCUCAAUCUUCUCUUCAAAUACCUCAAAUUGUGUAUGAAGAUCCUGAAGUUAGUGGAAGGAAUCGCUACAAAUACUUUGCACGACCUCUCAUCCCUUCUAAUAAGCUGCUUCCACUAAAUGUUGCUUAUGCAAUGGCAAAGACAGAGCCCUAUGUCCAUUCAGCUACAAGAGACAACAAGGUCUUCGGUCCCAAGUUACGAACUUUGGGCACACAGACAGAUUACAGGGAUGGUGAAGCCCAGACGGAUCCCUAUUCCCCUGAAUAUGUAGUUCCCAGUGGCUCAGUCCCUGAACUUCUGACACUUGCUACACUCACUUGGGGUCGAGGGCUACCAGCAGGACUCGCCGAGGUGGAGAUGAUUGAACGUGCCCGGGAAAAACGUGCAUGGGAAGCAACUCUUCCAACAAUGGACAAUGCCUCACAAAUCACGAAGAGGAGGAAAAUGAUGGAUGACAUGGAGAGGAAGGAGUGGGCCUUUAGAGAACAGGAAAUAGAAAAGUUGCAGGAGGUUCGACUGGAAGUCUUAAAGAAGCUGCUGCAGAGGCGAGAGAAGAAUCAGAAGGAGCUGGAUGCCAAGCGCUUGGAUGACCACUGGCAAAAUCAUCAGAAGGCUAAAGAAGAGAAAAUAAAAAAGAUUCAGCAUGACUGUGCGCUGAUGCUCCGGAAACUGAUAGCUAAGAGGAAGAAUGUGAUGGGGAAGCUGGAGAGACGAGAUAUCAUCAAAGAAUAUACGGACUUUGCAUCACAAACAUACGCUCCUUUGUCUAGAGUUGGUUAUUUCCCAGACAACCAUUCUGAAUGCUAUGUGGUAAAAAACUUCUAUCUUAACACCUUUGCAGGACUGUGUGAACUGGAAGCAUCUCUCCCAGAUUCUUUCACCCAGGCCAAGAUUAAAGCUCCAAAACCUAAGUACACUACCACUAAGACUGGAUUUAUUAAAAGAUCAGCAAGGCUAGAGGUGGAGCUGGCACAGGUUCACCAGGCACUACUGGAGAAGAAGAAUAAAGUCAAGGAGCCAAAGAAGCCCCUCCGUUUCCUUGAAAAAGUAGAAAAGCCUGCUCCUCGGCCACCCACUCCAAUCCUGGAAAACCCAUCAAUUGAGGAAGAGGAAACAGAACUGGCAGUGAUCUGUCUGCAGAAGUUGCUCCGAGGCAGGGCUAUUCAGAACAUGAUGUUUGAAGGGAAGGAAAAGCGGCUGGAACUGAUCAGAGAGCUGCGCACGACUCACGCACUCCAGGAGGAUGGACAGCUGCUUUUGAAGGCAGAGGAGCAAAUGACACGGGCUCUACAGCAACAGCAUGACUUGCAAAUGCACAAGCUAUCAUCAAUGGAAAACCACUUGGCCAGGGAAGAAGGAAGGGCACUGGCGAACAUAUUUGAUUUCCUGUCCAAAGAGCUGGUGAGGCUGCAAGAAGAACGGAAGAUCCACGCUUUUGUCAUGCUGGCUGAGAGGCAGAGGCGGAUGCGGGAAGCGGAGGAGAGUGGCCGUCGUCAGGUGGAAGAGAGGCGGCGUCAGGAAGAAGAUGAGAUUUUCAGACAGGUGGUGAAAGUGCACCAGAGCACUAUUGACUCCUACUUGGAAGACAUUAUCCUGAGUAGCAUGGAGGACACAGCUGAAGAACAAGCCAGGGAAGAGAUUCAGAGAAUGGCUGUAGAAAUCAAUGACAUUGCGUAUGAAAUGGAAAGUCGUCGAACUCGCCUGCAGUCAGAAGAGAUUGUAGCAGAGCUGGUUUAUGAUUUCCUGAUUCCAGAAGCUGAGAAAAUGUUUGUCAGAGAAAAAGUGAGGCAAUCCCAAAGAAAACACAUCUAUGCUGCUCAUCAAAUCAUCCACAGGGGCACAGAGAGGGUACUGGCUGAUCUGGCACUACAUGAGGAGACAUCUGCCAGCAAGAUAAAGGGAGAUCCUCCUGCUGGGACAGCUAGCGCUGCUUUGAGUGGGACAGCUGCUGGACCAAGUGCAGCUGAGAGCGCUUGCUCUGCCCCCAUUGCACACGAACUAGCUAAAUUUCUGUGCGAAGAAAGCCCAGGAGAGACAGCAGUGAACCUUUCUGACAGAUCGGACAAGGAUCCCACAACCUCCUAGAGACAGAAGAUGAGCCAGGGCACCCAGAAUGGAAAAUCCUCUCUGUCCCUUGGGCUGUCCUUCCUGCUGCCUGCCAGCAAUGUUGUCCUGGAACCACUCUGUAUACAUUUGGUGCAGCAGCCCCAGCCCACCCCCUCCACCCCUUCCCCAACUAGCUUUGGACCUCAUUAACUAAUUUUCCUCUUCUAGUCAUUAAGAGAAGCUUGAGUGAGAAAGCAGCAUUCCUUGUUUGUUUUCCAGGCACAGACCAAUAAAGAUCUGCACCUGGGCUUUUGAUGGUAUUUCCUUGGAUCAAUAACAUUAAAUGAAAAAAUAUUCCAGCAGUGGGAAAUUUUGAGUUGAGACCAUACACAGAGUCUUUUCUCAAGCGUGUCCCACUGAUUUCCUCAGUGGAGUAAGGCAGAGCGGCUUCCUGCAUUAGCACUGCUAUUAAUAAAGCGUUGAAGUUGAAUGAAAA